CUCUCCAAAACACACAUCCUCUUCAUCCUCCUAAAUUCUUUCUUGGGCGGCACCAUACUUUAUUUCCAAACUUACAAUCACACAAGUCAACAUCCAAUUGGCUUUCAGAAUGUUUACCCUUCAACGUUUUGUAGUCUCUGCACUACUUAUCUUAACCGUUACCCUUCUCUUCUUUGCCCAAACGGCUGAAGCUGUCAAAGGACCAAAGAUCACCCACAAGGUCUACUUCGAUAUCAGCCACGGCGAUGAACCUAUGGGUCGUGUUGUUCUAGGUCUCUACGGCAAGACUGUCCCCAAGACCGCUGAGAACUUCAGAGCUUUGGCGACUGGCGAGAAGGGUUUCGGAUACCAGGACUCUACCUUCCACCGUGUUAUCAAGGGCUUUAUGAUCCAAGGUGGUGAUUUCACAAAGGGUGAUGGCACUGGAGGCAAAUCAAGUAGGUUAUAAGUCUGCGAGUGAUGUGCGGGGUGCUAACAAUGGACAGUCUACGGAGCUAAGUUCCCAGAUGAGAACUUCAAGUUGAAGCACUCCAAGAAAGGUCUUCUCAGCAUGGCCAACGCCGGACAAGACACCAAUGGCUCCCAAUUCUUCAUUACCACAUCUACUCCAUCGUAAGUCCAUGCAUUCUAUUCUCUUUUGUAAGAAUUGCACAGUCUAACUUUUUUGUAGUCACCUUGAUGGUAGACACGUCGUCUUUGGCGAAGUCUUGGAGGGCUACGAGAUUAUCGAAGCCAUCGAGAACGUAAAGAAGGGAGCAUCAGACAGACCGGUUGAGGCCGUCAAGAUCACCGAGAGUGGGGAAUUACCAGUACCAGAAGAAGGUAUCCACGUGGAACUCUAGAGUAGACUCCUUCCGCGGAAAUGCUGCGAGUGUCAUUGGGAGGACUUACUGAUUCGUCUGUCUUACGUGCUGCAGAUGAAUACGGUACUGCCGAGUUUCAACACGGUAUGGAGGAGGUCGAAGUUCCACUUACUCCGAUCGAUGCUUCUACUCCUGAUGCUGCCACCGCAGUCAUCCCACUUAUCCCAGUUGUCGGUACCCCAAAAACAGAGACAGAGGAAUUUGGUUAUGCCGAUGAGGCAGGUUACACUCUCAUGCAGAAGGGCUUAUUUUUGGUUGUCAUCCUAGGAUGUGUGGCCUUUUAUGUACGAAUGAACAGGAGAAGCAAGAAAUUUGAAAAGUCAAUAGUCUAGUCACAUAGCUUUCCUUUCAAGGUCAAUCUUUAUCUCCCUUACUUGCUCUCAUCAUA